CAAAUUUCCGAUAGUACGUGAAGGCAGCAUCAGAUCCCAUGCUGCUUUUUAGUGAGUCAUAAUGCAAAUCAAAAUAUUUUCAAAAUAAUUGUUUUAGGCUGCACAAGCCUGACAGGAUUUGUAGCCUAUAUCUUCCUCUUCUUUAUUAAGGCUAUUGCUUUUUAAUAUUAUUUAGAGUGCGAAAAUAGAUCAGAACAGAUUAAAUUUAAGAUUUAUUUACCUUAAUUUCUUUUUUAAAUUUUUUUUCUAAAUUCUGUUGAACUUUUGUUCGGCAUAAAUUCAUGAGUUACAUGUGACAAAAGCGCUCAUCUUCGACUGAGCAGCUUUGCUCCACAUGGGUUCACUGUUCUCGCAUUAUAAAACUCAGGUGAGAUACUUUGACUGUCACCGCCUCCUCAAGUCAGGUAAUGAAAACACGUCGCCGCUAUUUUUUUUUUUUUUUUACAGUCUAUGCUGCUGAUAUAGCACGAAAGUUGUAUGGGAACUAGACGGUAGCAGCCCUUUACUAGACCAUUUUAUGUUUGUUAUCAUAACUCUUUAAGCGCGUAGCACUUUAUAGUCAACUUAUAACCGGACAACAGGAUGGUGAGCAGUAAGGUGGAGGUCACAGGGCGCGAGAUGCUGCCUGAAGACACUGAACAGCGCGACAAUUCAUGCGACGGGUCACCGCUGUCAGCAGAACCCUCUUCAGGUUCAAGUGGGUCGAAUCUACAGAUGCAGUACCGGUCAGGGGACAGUAACGCCAAGAAGAACUGUCAAAUAGGACCAAAAAAACACAAAUCCACAUCUGAAAAGAAAUACCUCGGGGUUAGAGUGAAAAUGCCAGUACGGGACAUGCUCAGGAAUAUACGGAUUGCCAAGGGUAUUGACCCUAAAGAUCUGCAGGGAAAACAUUCUAAGGCAGCUAAAGGGGAUAAGAAACGAGUUACCACAGGAGGAAACCGGAGACGUUUUCUGAAGAAACAUCAAACAAAGGGUCUGGAGGAGCUUGCUAUUAUAGUAGAAGUGUUGGAGGAGGAUCUUAAGACCUGUCAGUCAUACAGAUUGCCAAACAAAACCCGUUCAGCCUCAUACUCUUCAGAGUUCUGGGUUGAAGAAGCAUCUCAACAGGGUUUAGUGAACACAUAUGGUCCGGAGAAUGAGAUACCUCGGUCUCCAAGCUACUCUGUACCCUCUGAAACCUCCCCUGUCCAUUCUGUGUGCAGCUCUUACCCGUCCCCAACUUACAGCCAGGGUGCUGAUGUCUUCUUUGGGAAUCAGGAAGAACAUAGCAUUUAUGAGUCAGAUAAGUACAGGUAUGAUAAUCUAUAUGGAAUGAGCUGCUCUCCUGCAAACUCAUGUGAAUACCAAGCGCCCUCCCCGCAAGAAUCAUUCCGUGCCAGUCCCAACCCAGAAGUCUGGGAGGCUUUUCCACAAAAGAUGAAGUGUCUACCAUGGCCACAUUCUCAGCAGGAGGAGUGGAGCAGUGUAACCUUCUUCUGGACUCAAAUGGAAAGAGAGGAAACAAUGCUGAAGGAGAUAUCUGACCGAGAGCUUCUUGCUGUAGACGAAAACGGAAAGACUCUUUUACACAGAGUUGUUGAGGAGGGAAAGCGAUCCCUUGUGUAUGUUAUUGCCAGAAGGAUGGUGGCUCUGAAGAAACUAGAUAUCAAAGAUUCAGAGGGAAAGACUCCCCUUCAUCUUGCUGCACAGAAGAAUCAACACUUCAUGGUGGCUGAUUUGGUGUCACUUGGUGCAAAUGUCAAUGCGAAGGACCGAUAUGGGAAAACAUGUCUCCAUCUCAGUGCAGAGAAUGGAUAUAUUCGAGUCUUGGAGGUCCUGAAAGGUUUAAUGAGAAUUGGUCUAUAUAUUAAUUUGGAGGAAAGAGAUGCAAACGGGCUCAGUGCCUUGCAGUGUGCAGCAGUGGCUCUUAACCACACUGUGCGGGAACUGGAGCUGUGUGAGUCUGCAGGCCAUCUUAGACUGCACACCCUUCGCAAGGAGCAGAUGAUGGAAACGCUAGAGUGCCUCUUUCAAAUGGAGUGCUGUACACACGCUCCGGAUCAUGGUCUCCUCAAUUUAAUGAACACAGGUGUUGAUUCCAAGCCGAGUGAACAAGCAGCCUUCUUUCAGUCAAAUAAAAUCAAGGUCAGCAACAACAUGAUUUAGAAGUGGUUUGGCUCAUUUGCAGCUGCUUCUAGCAAGAGUUGUUUUCUCUGCCUGGCCAGGCAGUGCUUUUAACUGACGGUAAAUGUUUUUGAGUGAAUACAAGCUUUAACCUGCCAAUGAAGACGAUAUGUGCGUGUGUAUAAAUACACAUAUAUUUUAGUUCUCAGGUUUUAAUUUUGUUUUUGAGGAGGAUGAUAAGAAAAGUCUUCAAGGCAUGGUUAAGUUAUGUAUUAUGCAACCAUAGGUUUUGUUAAGUGUUCAGGUGAAAAGUGACAUGUUUCACUCUGCAAAAACACAAUGGUUGCCCAUUAGCUGGUUUCUAUGAAACUUCCACUGUUAGUUACAUUUGAGUAGCAAAAUGUUUUAAAAAGGAAAACAUGUGGUAAGACAAAUGAGUCUGUCAAAUGCCACAGUUUCUAUUUGCUCCAAGAGUAAAUAGUUUUGAUAAUGAGGAGACUGUCAUGGGUACAUAUACUGGCGUACAUUGGCAAAAUGCAGUAACUGUGCCAACAAUGGAACUGGUGUUUUUUUUACACUAUUUCUCUGAAUGUAGGAGACCAGAUUUGGACAAAAAUGCAGUUAUUGCAUUUUGCUUUUGCACAACAAUAUAUGUGGAUGUUUUCUAAUAGCAUUUACAACAAUAUCGCUAGGUUUUAUUCUCCCUUUCGAAAAGUUGUAAGUGAAUUCUGAUACAUAUCGUUCAAUAAGAAAAAAAGGGAUGCCUUAAAUUGAUCAAAAGUUACAGUAAAGACAUUUAUAAUCUUACAAAAGAUUUCUAUUUCAAAUAAAUGCUGCAUUUUAAUUAUUAAAAAUUGCAGUUUCUGCAAAAAUAUUA